AUGGCAUCAAGAAAUCAACCAUCUAUGAUAAAAGUAAAGAGAACUAAUGAUCCAGCAGAUGAUAUAAAUGUAUUAUUAUUAGGACAAACAGGUGUUGGAAAAUCAACAUUUAUAAAUGGUUUAGCUAAUUAUCUUUGUAAUGAUACAUUAGAACAAGCUGCUAAUGAUCAAAUGCAAGCUAUUAUUCCAUCUGCGUUUUCUUUUACUCAUGAUGAAACAUUUGAAGAAAGAAUGAUUAAUAUUGGACUAGAUGAUGAACAUGAAAAUUUUAAUGAGCAUGGCCAAUCAUGUACACAACAAUGUCGAAGUUUUGUUUUUCCAGUUGGUGAAAAAAAUUUACGAAUAAUAGAUGCACCUGGAAUUGGAGAUACUCGAGGUCUUGAUCAAGAUAAUAAAAAUUUUCAUGAAAUUUUAACAUUUAUUUCACAAUAUGAACAUUUAAAUGGAAUUUGUAUUUUACUUAAACCAAAUGAAGAACGUUUAACUAUACUUUUUAGAUUUUGUAUUAAUGAACUUCUUAGACAUUUACAUGAAAGUGCAAAAGAAAAUAUAAUAUUUGUUUUUACAAAUGCUCGUUCAACUUUUUUUAAACCUGGUGCAACAUCAAAAAUUCUUCGAGCACUUUUAGAUGAACAUAAACAAAAACAAAAUAUUGAAGUAUCCUUUACAAGAGAUAAUACUUUUUUGUUAGAUAAUGAACCAUUUAGAUAUUUAGCUUUACGUAAAAAUAGUAUUGAAUUAAGUAAUGAACAAACAUUAAGUUAUCAAAAGAGUUGGGAACAUACUGUAAAAGAAUAUUCAAAUCUAAUGCGUCAUAUCGUAACACGUCCACUUCAUGCUGUUAGUAAUACAUUAUCACUUAAUGAAGCUGAACAAUUAAUUCGAAAACUUACACGUCCUAUUGCUGAAACAGCUAAACUUAUUCAAGAGAAUAUUCAACUUGCUAAACAACAUAAAGAAAAUGUUUUAAAAAAUCCUAAAAUAGCUUCUCAAGGUUUACCACAAAAUGAUGUUCGAAUUCGACAUUUAGAUAAUCCAAGAACAGUAUGUACUAGUGAUAAAUGUUGUCAAACUAUUACUGUUAAUAAUGAAAUCAAAAUUGAAUAUAAAUCGAAAUGUCAUGAUAUAUGUUAUUUAAAAGGUGUUGUACAAGAAACUAUUAAUGAUCCAAGAAUGUUAGAUUGUGAAGUUAUCGAUUAUAAAACAGGUCAAUGUACAAAAUGUAAAUGUUCAUGGCAAAAACAUCAACAUAUAACGUAUGAAUAUGAAACAAAUGUUCGUCGUCUUACUGAGGCAUCGUCAUUAAGUGAUAUUGAUAAACGAAUAAGUGAUUUAAAAGAUGAAAAAUCAAAAAUAGAAGAUGUUUAUAAAAAACUUUCAAAAUUUCUUCAUGCAAAUGCAAUUCUUCCAUUAAAUGAUGAUAUAUUAGAAUAUCUUAGACUUUUUAUAAAAGAAGAACAAAUGAAAAAAAGUGCUGGUAAUCAAAAUAAUGAUGUUAUUCAAGGUCUUGAACAAAUGAUGAAAGAUUAUGAAGAAGAAAUAAAUUUAUUUAAAAAAACAAUAGAAAAUGAAAAAGAUCGUUCAAAUGCAAAAGAUGUACUUAAACCUGAUGAAAUAUUUCCUUUAGUUGGAAGUCUUUAUCGAUUACCCAUUAAUGGAAAAAAAAUUCGUGAACAAGUCGAUGGUUUAAAAAUAAGUCAAAAUAAUAUUUCAUCGAAACGAGAAGUUUUUGUUGAAUUACCAGUUAAAGCUAAUUCAUCAACAAUAAUGCGUCAAUUCCAAAAUAUUAUUUCAAAUAAAUAA